UGCUGCCGCCGCCUCCAGCCAAGCGCUUCCUCGGCGGAGGGGAGGGCGCCCGCGGCCCGAGCGCGCGGCCCAGCGUCGCGGCGGCGGCUCGUGGGACCCCGGACUCGCCGCGGCGCGAAGCAGCCGGCCCCGGGCCGCGAGAGCCCUGCUCGGCGCCCCGCGCGCGUGCCUGCCGCUCCCGCCUCGGGCCGGCCGCGGCGCCGGGAGCCGGAGCGAUGCUGCGCCGCGCUGCGCCCGCGCUGGCCCCGGCCGCCUGGCUGCUGCUGGCCGGGCUGCUGAGCGGCGGCGGGGUCUGGGCCUCGCGAGCUAACAAGCACAAACCGUGGCUCGAGCCCACCUAUCAUGGCAUAAUCACAGAAAACGAUAACGCGGUGCUCCUCGACCCUCCACUGAUUGCCCUCGAUAAAGACGCACCUCUGCGAUUCGCAGAGAGUUUUGAGGUGACAGUCACCAAAGAAGGUGAGAUUUGUGGAUUUAAAAUUCACGGGCAGAAUGUCCCCUUUGACGCAGUGGUGGUGGAUAAGUCCACUGGCGAGGGACUCAUCCGCUCAAAAGAGAAGCUGGACUGCGAGCUGCAGAAAGACUACACGUUCACCAUCCAGGCCUAUGACUGUGGCAAGGGGCCGGAUGGCGCCAAUGUGAAAAAGUCGCAUAAAGCAACUGUCCACAUUCAGGUGAACGACGUGAAUGAGUACGCACCGGUGUUCAAGGAGAAGUCCUACAAGGCGACCGUCGUCGAGGGCAAACAGUACGACAGCAUCCUGCGGGUGGAGGCCGUGGACGCCGACUGCUCCCCUCAGUUCAGCCAGAUUUGCAGCUAUGAAAUCGUCACUCCAGACGUGCCAUUCGCCAUCGACAAAGAUGGUUAUAUAAAAAACACAGAGAAGCUGAACUACGGGAAGGAGCACCAGUACAAGCUGACGGUCACCGCCUACGACUGCGGGAAGCGGAGGGCGGCGGAGGAUGUCUUGGUGAAGGUCAGCAUCAAGCCCACCUGUACCCCGGGGUGGCAAGGAUGGAACAACAGGAUCGAGUACGAGCCUGGCACGGGCACCUUGGCCCUCUUCCCCAAUGUCCACCUGGAGACAUGCGAUGAGUCCGUGGCCUCGGUGCAGGCGACCGUGGAGCUGGAGACCGGUCACAUCGGGAAAGGCUGUGACCGGGACACCUACUCGGAGAAGUCCCUUCACCAGCUGUGUGGUGCUGCGUCAGGCACUGCCGAACUGCUCCCUUCCCCAAGCGGGUCCUUGAACUGGACUGUGGGCCUCCCCACCGACAAUGGCCAUGACAGCGACCAGGUCUUCGAGUUCAACGGCACACAAGCAGUGAGGGUCCCAGAUGGCGUCGUCUCAGUCAACCCGAAGGAGCCUUUCACGAUUUCUGUGUGGAUGAGGCACGGGCCUUUUGGCAGGAAGAAGGAGACGAUUCUCUGUAGCUCAGACAAGACAGACAUGAACCGGCACCAUUAUUCCCUCUAUGUCCACGGCUGCCGGCUUGUUUUCCUCCUCCGCCAGGACCCUUCGGAAGAGAAGAAAUACAAACCUGCAGAAUUCCACUGGAAGUUGAACCAGGUCUGUGAUGAGGAAUGGCAUCACUUCGUCCUCAAUGUGGAAUUCCCAAGCGUGACUCUCUAUGUGGACGGAGUUUCUCACGAGCCCUUCUCUGUGACUGAAGAUUACCCGCUUCAUCCGUCCAAGAUCGAAACUCAGCUCGUGGUUGGGGCCUGCUGGCAAGAGUAUCCAGCAUUUGAAAAUGACAAUGAAACCGAGCCUGUGCCUGUGGCCUCUGCAGGCGGUGAGCUGCACAUGACCCAGUUCUUCCGAGGGAACUUGGCUGGCCUGACCGUCCGUUCCGGGAAACUCGCCGACAAGAAGGUGAUUGACUGUCUGUACACCUGCAAAGAAGGGCUGGACCUGCAAGUCCCUGAAGACAGCGGCAAAGGCGUGAAGAUCCAUACGAACCCCAAUCAGUUGGCGUUGACCUUGGAGGGAGAUGACCUCGGGGAGCUGGAUAAGGCCAUGCAGCGCGUCGCCUACCUGAACUCUCGACAGUUCCCCACUCCGGGGAUCCGAAGACUUAAAAUCACCAGCACCGUCAAGUGUUUGAACGAGGCCCCCUGCAUCUCCGUGCCCCCGGUGGAUGGCUACGUGAUGGUGCUGCAGCCCGAGGAGCCCAAGGUCAGCCUUAGUGGCGUCCACCAUUUCGCUCGAGCAGCUUCCGAGUUCGAAAGCCCAGAAGGGGUUUUCCUUUUCCCUGAGCUUCGCAUCAUCAGCACCAUCACGAGAGAAGUGGAGCCUGAAGGGGAAGGGGAUGAGGACCCCACAGUUCAAGAGUCACUGGUGUCUGAGGAGAUCGUGCACGACCUGGAUACCUGUGAGGUCACGGUGGAUGGGGACGAGCUGAACCCCGCCCAGGAGAGCCUGGAGGUGGACACGGCCCGCCUGCGGCAGAAGGGCAUUGCAGUGAGCGCUUCCGACCUGGGGGUGGUCUUCACAGGUGUGGACACCAUGGCCAGCUACGAGGAGGUGCUGCGCCUCCUGCGCUACCGGAACUGGCACACCAGGUCCCUGCUGGACCGAAAGUUCAAGCUCGUCUGCUCGGAGCUCAAUGGCCGCUACGUCAGCAACGAGUUUCAGGUGGAGGUGAACGUCAUUCCCGCGGCCAGCCCCAUGGAGCACGCCAGCCACAUGGCCGCGCAGCCCCAGUUCGUGCACCCGGAGCACCAUGCCUUCGUCGACCUCUCAGGGCACAACCUGGCCAGCCCCCACCCCUUCGCAGUUGUCCCCAGCACCGCCACGGUAGUCAUUGUGGUGUGUGUCAGCUUCCUGGUCUUCAUGAUUAUCCUGGGCGUGUUCCGGAUCCGGGCUGCUCACCGGCGGACCAUGCGGGACCAGGACACCGGGAAGGAGAACGAGAUGGAUUGGGACGACUCUGCCUUGACCAUCACUGUAAACCCCAUGGAGACGUACGAGGACCAGCACAGCAGCGAGGAGGAGGAGGAGGAGGAGGAAGAGGAGAGCGAGGAUGGGGAGGAAGAGGACGACAUCACCAGCGCCGAGUCAGAAAGCAGCGAGGAGGAGGAGGGGGAGCACGGGGACCAGCAGAACGUGAACAGGCAGCAGCAGCUGGAGUGGGACGACUCUACCCUCAGCUACUGAGCCUCGAGGCCGCACCCCCGCCUCCUCUCUGCGUCAGGAGACCCUGCUGUCGUCUGUCCUCCCAGCCCCAAGGGUCCACGGUGUACAAAGUCAUUCUGGCCAGUAGGUCUGCAGACCCUCCCCAUCGCUGACCAUCUGCCUGUGCUUGGUGUGUAGGCCCCCCGCCCUCCACCCAGACCGCCCCGAAGCCAUGCGGGGAGCUGACGCGCACUCCCCGCACCUCAC